GGCUCUGGCUCAGCGGCGGCUCCGGUGGCAGCGGCGGUGGCGGCUAGGCGGGCUCGGCGGCUCCUGUCCCUCGGGCGGCUGCCCGCUCGCUGCCCAGGGCGCCCGGACACACGUGGGCGGCUCGGCGAUGGCCCGCGCCCCGCGACGUGGCGGGCAGGCACCGGGGCGCGGGACCGCUGAGCCCGAGUGAGCCGGGGCCGCGCUCCCGCCUUCGGCCCGGGCCGCCCGGGAUGGCCGUGGCGCCUCUGCGGGGGGCGCUGCUGCUGUGGCAGCUGCUGGCGGCGGGCGGCGCGGCACUGGAGAUAGGCCGCUUCGACCCGGAGCGCGGGCGCGGGGCUGCGCCGUGCCAGGCGGUGGAGAUCCCCAUGUGCCGCGGCAUCGGCUACAACCUGACCCGCAUGCCCAACCUGCUGGGCCACACGUCGCAGGGCGAGGCGGCUGCCGAGCUAGCGGAGUUCGCGCCGCUGGUGCAGUACGGCUGCCACAGCCACCUGCGCUUCUUCCUGUGCUCGCUCUACGCUCCCAUGUGCACCGACCAGGUCUCGACGCCCAUUCCCGCCUGCCGGCCCAUGUGCGAGCAGGCGCGCCUGCGCUGCGCGCCCAUCAUGGAGCAGUUCAACUUCGGCUGGCCGGACUCGCUCGACUGCGCCCGGCUGCCCACGCGCAACGACCCGCACGCGCUGUGCAUGGAGGCGCCCGAGAACGCCACGGCCGGCCCCGCGGAGCCCCACAAGGGCCUGGGCAUGCUGCCUGUGGCGCCGCGGCCCGCGCGCCCUCCCGGAGACCUGGGCCCGGGCGCGGGCGGCAGUGGCACCUGCGAGAACCCCGAGAAGUUCCAGUACGUGGAGAAGAGCCGCUCGUGCGCACCGCGCUGCGGGCCCGGCGUCGAGGUGUUCUGGUCCCGGCGCGACAAGGACUUCGCGCUGGUCUGGAUGGCCGUGUGGUCGGCGCUGUGCUUCUUCUCCACCGCCUUCACUGUGCUCACCUUCUUGCUGGAGCCCCACCGCUUCCAGUACCCCGAGCGCCCCAUCAUCUUCCUCUCCAUGUGCUACAACGUCUACUCGCUGGCCUUCCUGAUCCGUGCGGUGGCCGGAGCGCAGAGCGUGGCCUGUGACCAGGAGGCGGGCGCGCUCUACGUGAUCCAGGAGGGCCUGGAGAACACGGGCUGCACGCUGGUCUUCCUACUGCUCUACUACUUCGGCAUGGCCAGCUCGCUCUGGUGGGUGGUCCUGACGCUCACCUGGUUCCUGGCUGCCGGGAAGAAAUGGGGCCACGAGGCCAUCGAGGCCCACGGCAGCUAUUUCCACAUGGCUGCCUGGGGCCUGCCCGCGCUCAAGACCAUCGUCAUCCUGACCCUGCGCAAGGUGGCGGGUGAUGAGCUGACCGGGCUUUGCUACGUGGCCAGCACGGAUGCAGCAGCGCUCACGGGCUUCGUGCUGGUGCCCCUCUCCGGCUACCUGGUGCUGGGCAGUAGUUUCCUCCUGACCGGCUUCGUGGCCCUCUUCCACAUCCGCAAGAUCAUGAAGACGGGCGGCACCAACACAGAGAAGCUGGAGAAGCUCAUGGUCAAGAUCGGGGUCUUCUCCAUCCUCUACACGGUGCCCGCCACCUGCGUCAUCGUUUGCUAUGUCUACGAACGCCUCAACAUGGACUUCUGGCGCCUUCGGGCCACAGAGCAGCCAUGCGCAGCGGCCGCGGGGCCCGGAGGCCGGAGGGACUGCUCGCUGCCAGGGGGCUCGGUGCCCACCGUGGCGGUCUUCAUGCUCAAAAUUUUCAUGUCGCUGGUGGUGGGGAUCACCAGCGGCGUCUGGGUGUGGAGCUCCAAGACUUUCCAGACCUGGCAGAGCCUGUGCUACCGCAAGAUAGCAGCUGGCCGGGCCCGGGCCAAGGCCUGCCGCGCCCCCGGGAGCUACGGACGUGGCACGCACUGCCACUAUAAGGCUCCCACCGUGGUCUUGCACAUGACUAAGACGGACCCCUCUCUGGAGAACCCCACACACCUCUAGCCACACAGGCCUGGCGCGGGGUGGCUGCUGCCCCCUCCUUGCCCUCCACGCCCUGCCCCCUGCACCCCCUAGAGACAGCUGACUAGCAGCUGCCCAGCUGUCAAGGUCAGGCAAGUGAGCACCGGGGGCUGAGGAUCAGGGCGGGGACCCCGUGAGGCUCAUUAGGGGAGAUGGGGGCCUCCCCUAAUGCGGGGGCUGGACCAGGCUGAGUCCCCACAGGGUCCUAGUGGAGGAUGUGGAGGGGCGGGGCAGAGGGGUCCAGCCGGAGUUUAUUUAAUGAUGUAAUUUAUUGUUGCGUUCCUCUGGAAGCUGUGACUGGAAUAAACCCCCGCGUGGCA